CUCGCAGUGGGCGGGCGGGACCCCCCUGACAUGACGCAGCCGCCCGCUGAUGGAGUGCAAUCGCUGUGGUGCUUGGCUUGCCGGAUGCAACCACUGUCACCUCUGCAGAUAGUAACGUGAGAGAAAAAUCUUUGCAAAAGCCCCGUCUGCCCCCACGAUUUUAUUGUGGUAAAUAAGCCGGGAUCAGUAGAGUGUGCUGCCUCCUCCUCUCAGCUUCCCUGGGCAGCCGGAGGUUAGCUGCUGCCUCGAUAGGAUUUGCAACUGGUCCUCAAACAAAGAGACAAAGAUCAGUUUCAUGAUACAUUUAAAAGCGGCCACCAAUGACCUCUUUGUUCUGUGGCCUGUUUGGAACUUGGCCCAACAAAUCAAAUUAGAAUGACUACGGAAAGAUAUAGGCCAACUUGGGACCUGGCAUUGGACCCCCUUGUAUCCUGUAAACUGUGCCUUGGGGAAUAUCCUUUAGAACAAAUGACUACAAUAUCACAGUGCCAGUGCAUAUUCUGCACACUGUGUCUGAAGCAAUAUGUGGAGCUAUUAAUUAAGGAUGGUUUGGAAUCUGCAGUUAGCUGUCCUGAUGCUGCUUGCCCUAAGAAAGGUCACCUACAGGAAAAUGAGAUUGAAUGCAUUGUAGCAGCAGAGCUUAUGCAGAGAUUUAGAAGACUCCAGUUUGAAAAAGAAGUGCUUUUGGAUCCAUGCCGAACCUGGUGCCCAUCCUCUGCCUGCCAGUCUGUCUGCCAGAUCAAGGAGGUAGAGUUGCAGCAGCCCCAGAUGGUACAAUGUGCAAGCUGUCACUUGGAGUUCUGCUCCCACUGCAAAGCAAACUGGCAUCCAGGACAGCCUUGCCAAGAAAACCUGCCCAUUACCUCAUUCCUUCCUGGAGAAACAAGUUCAUUCUUUGAAAAUGAUGAAGAGGAUGAUGUCCCAAUCAAACGUUGUCCAAAAUGCAAAGUCUAUAUCGAAAGAGAUGAGGGUUGCGCACAAAUGAUGUGUAAAAACUGCAAGCAUGCCUUUUGCUGGUACUGCCUGGAAUCCCUUGAUGAUGACUUCCUAUUAAUUCACUAUGAUAAAGGACCUUGCAGAAACAAGCUUGGCCAUACACGUGCCUCUGUCAUUUGGCACAGAACCCAGGUAGUUGGAAUAUUUGCGGGCUUUGGCCUUUUGCUCUUAGUAGCAUCACCUUUCCUCCUGCUUGCCACACCAUUUGUCCUCUGCUGCAAGUGUAAAUGUAACAAAGGAGAUGAUGAUCCUUUACCCACAUAAGCAUGGAAAAAGAACCAGGAGGAUGAAAUUUUACAAACAGUCUUUCCUAUAUAACUAUCAUCUUAAAUUGUCUGAUUUUGGCCCAUGAUAUUCCCCAGUGUCAACAUUUGUUUUCCCAGCUUACACAACUUCAGUGAAUUAAAGAAGUGUGGAAAAGAAGGUAUUGGGCUAUACAGGAGACAGUUUAUUUCAAGUGAAUGCACAAGAGUGUGACACAGUGCACAAAUCUCUGGAAUAGGGAAGCAAGCUUAGAACUCGCUGAGUUACUCCAGCAUUUUGUGUCUAUCUUAGAACGUGUUAAAUGGUUUCAAAAGAAGCUGUAUUCUAGACAGUGUACAGCUGGACAUUUAAGAGUAAAAAAUAAUAGAUUGAAUAGGGUUAUAUGCAGAAGGAAAAUAAUUAAUUUUGGAAUAAAUUGAAAAUGGUUGUGAUGUAAGGAGAUGCUGCUGGGUAAAUAGAGAGAAAAAGCCUUCUCUCGAGAUUGCAACAAAUAAUGAUAGCUUCUCUACCAUUAUUUAAGGCAAAUUCUAUGAGAAUUAGAGAUUGUUUUAUGUUUUUUAAAUCAGUCCUGUACUCUUUAAUAUAAAGAGCCAAAUGUAAAUGUUACUGUAUAUUACUGCUUUUGUGAUUUUAAUUGGGGAUAUAAAGGUUUCAUAAUUUUUAUGUCAUGAUUUUUUUUUCACGCCAUUUAUCUGGAUUUGCUAUCAAAAUAAUAUUUCCACGUUUUUGUGUGGUUAUUCACUGAAUACAUGAAGGUGCAGUUUCUUAAUAGUUAUCUGCAAUAAUGUUUCUGUAAUUUUGACAGAUUGGAGAAUGAUUACUGAUUAUGGGACUGUGAACAUGUAAACCUAUGCAAAACUGAUCACAAUCUCAAUGUCGGGAUGAUAUUUGUUGAGAUUCAUUCCUCAAAAAUUACUGUGUUUUGCGCUGAGCGCAGAUGAACUGAAUUUUCAUUUGUUUUGACCAGCUAAAACUUACUAAUUGCCUCUGGGGGAAAAAUGACAUGCCCUUUAAAGACUAUAAAUUGCGCUUUGCACAGCCUUUACGAAGUCCAUUUUGUGAUCUAUUUCAAACACAUCAAGAAUCACAAUUUAAAAAUAUUAAACCAUUUUAAGUCCUCUUCUAGAAAUUACUACUUGGUCUGUGUAGUUGAAAGAUGAAGACUUAGUAAUUAGAGGCAUGGAUUGAGGAGGUAGGUAACAAAGUGGACAGGAAGUCCAAUAGUUUUAAAUUAACUGAUUCUGAAACAAAAAUCUAAGGAAUAGGAGGAUGCUGGGUCACCAAAAUAAAAACACAUUGAGGAGUGAAAUUGA